CCUCCAAAGUCUUGGCACGCACAAAAUCUCCCACUAUACCACCAUCACCGCCAGCAUCAAGGCAGACGACGUCGAAAGCCCAUAGCCAGCGACUCAGUCCCAUUGUUUUUGAAGUGUCCCUCGGAACCCCCGCAGCUUCAACCCACCUCCCACACGACAAAUCAGCCAACAUGUCGGACGAGAUUCAGGAGCGCCUCAGGAAGCUCGGCGCGAGCGCCCGCAUCGGUGGAAAGGGUACUCCCCGCAGGAAGAUGAAGCGUGCGCCUCCUCGCUCUGGCGCCGACGACAAGAAGCUCCAGCAGAACCUGAAGAAGCUGGGCACCCAGCCCAUCCAGCAGAUUGAGGAGGUCAACAUGUUCAAGUCGGACGGCAACGUGAUCCACUUUGCCGCUCCCAAGGUUCACGCUGCUGUCCCCAGCAACACCUUUGCCAUCUACGGCAACGGCGAGGACAAGGAGCUGACCGAGCUCGUCCCCGGUAUCCUGAACCAGCUUGGCCCCGACUCCCUGGCCUCGCUCCGCAAGCUCGCCGAGAGCUACCAGAACAUGCAGAAGGGCGAGAAGGGUGAGGAGGACGAUGGCGAGAUCCCCGACCUGGUGGAGGGUGAGAACUUUGAGAGUAAGGUCGAAUAAAGCACCUCCUCUCCUAGCCAAGCGAAAUAAGGGAAAGGGACGUUGUUGCUCCUGUUGAAGAGGGUGCGCGAAGAAGGUGACAACGUUCCUCUGGAAGGUAUCAAUUCAACGACUUGAUUUCGGGCGUCAACGCACAGGGUAACGGCUCGCGCGGUUGGAGGGCAACGGACGGCUUACGGGCGGAAUGACAAAAAAGUAACUCACUGAUCCGCGAGCUACAUUGGCUUUGCCGGAUUUGUACACAUCUUGCAUCAGAUCGAGAAAUGCCAUCUCAUGA